AUGGCAUUCAAUGGAAAGUAUGAAUUGGAGAGUCAGGAAAACUUUGAGCCGCUCAUGAAAGCUCUGGGACUCUCAGAUAAUAUAAUUCAGAAAUAUAAAGACCUCAGCAAUGUUAUUGAACUUACACAAAAUGGGAAUUCAUUUCAAGCUACUUACAAUUAUGGCAGCAAAGCAAUUACCAAUGAUUUCACCAUUGGACAGGAAAGUGAGUUUUUGUCAUUCACAGGGCACAGAGUCAAGGCUUUGGCAAAACUGGAAGGUGAGAAUAAGCUUGUUAUCACUAUGGAUGGAUUGACUGCAACCAUGGACUUGAGUGGAGACAAAAUAAUUGAAGGAUUCUGGGAUAAAACAGAAUCACCAUUUGAAACAAUUGUAACAUUUGCUUAG